UACAAGAGCAAAAAUCGUCACCUUCCUGGCUGCAGCUUGGUGUUGGUCAUCUGAAGCUGAAGAAUUCCUCUACGAUGUGGCAUGUCCUGGUGUAAAUGGAGAGCUGAAAUGCCCUGAAGGACAUGGAAUUGUACUGGUGGCAAUGGAUUAUGGUGUGAAAAGCUCCGCCAACUGUGAUGCCAGAGACCAGCCUGCCACGGUCUCAGAGAAGGACUGCAUGCAUACAGCGAUGGCUGGAUGGGCCAAGCAACUCUGUGACUCUAAGGAACACUGCCUACUGCCCAAGCUCAAUGAGAAGAUGUUUGUGUGCGAUUACUCACCGGAUAACUUCCUUCAAGUUACCUACAGGUGUAACAAGAUCACCGAUGUGGACACUGCCAUUAUAUGUGAAGGAGAAAGUGCGGCUAUUCAGUGUGAGGAGGGAGCCCUGCAUAUAAUGAGUUCCAAUUUUGGACGUCUUGAUGCGAACACCUGCAGCGAAACCCCUUCAAAAAAGACCUUCUGUACAAGUGCUGUGGCUCAUCAGAGAGUGAAAGCAUUGUGUAAUGGAAAAGAAGAGUGCAACCUCACAGCCAGUGCUGAACAUCUGGGAGAACCUACUUUCUGCGAUGAUAAUCCCUUGUAUCUCUCUGUGGAUUACAUUUGUUAUUGAUCGGAGAUUUACCUCUGACAUCCAUGUCCCAGAGAGGAGAGGCAGCUCUUCAUCAUGGGUUUCAUCCCAUUCUGUGGCAGAAAUCACAAAUCAAACAUAAUGUGAUUGGAUUAAUCAAAUUAAAGCAGUGC